GUCAUGGCCUGCCAGAGGAGGGACUGCCAAGGCGUCCUGCUCAGCCGCCUCCUCAAAGCCGCCAAGGUGUCCGCGGAGCUGCGUCGCUUGAGGAAGGACAUCAAUGAUGGGAUCAUGGACGUGCUCCUUGUCACAUGUAUCUACACCAACGGCCUCGCGUACACAAUGCACCGCUACAAAAUGGAGCAUCUGCGGAUUCAGGAGCGCCAUAUAAUGAUGCACCACCAGCACAUGGAGCUUCAUAGGUUACAUCGCCCGCUGCCCAAAAUGCAGAUUCAGGAGCAGCAGGCCUAUGGAUACACGCACAGCAACCAAAGCUUGUCAUAUGCCAUCGAGGCCUCACCGUCAAUUCCUUGCCAGAUCGAGUGGAGGGCUACGGAGAUUCCCGAGGAUGUGGUUGACUUCCGUCGUGAGGGCAGGGAAUCAAACAUUGAGCCUCGUGUCGUCGUGCUCCUCAUUCUCGUCCUGCUGCUCCUGGGCACCCGCUGUGGCUUGGAAAGACUCCUCCUUUUCUACCUGUGGCGUUUGUUGUUUCGUCUUGGCUGAUGAGCAACCCUGGAAACAAGACUCUCUGGCAGGACAGUUUUCCAACUCUACAUCAGUGUACUGUUGCGUUUCGUUUUGUCAAUUUUGGAGUGCGUACAUAUUCUUCAGUUAGUGUUCUUGUUGUUGUUAGCCUAGAAUGU